GAUGGUGAAAAUGUGAUCUCUCUCCUGAGUUUCCCUCUCUACGCCCUCUGUUCUUCUCUCUGGAAGAUGUCAUUCUUAGUAUAUUUCCCUUUCUCUCUCCCUUCCCCUUCAGAUAGAGAGAGAGAGAGAGAGAGAGAGAAAAUGGGUUCUAAGAUAGAGAGAGAGAGGGCAGAGUUGCCUUCCAUUUUCAGAAACCAUAAUGGAUGUUGAAGAAUGUGCAAAGAAAUUGGAUUGCCAAAAGGGAUUUGCUCUCAGAAUCAUUCCAUCUCUAGGGACCCCUCUUGUCUGCUGCUGAUUGCAAAUGGAAAGAUGAAAUUUUCUUGAAACUUCAUGAAAAAGAAAUCUAAGAACUUUUGCACAUACAAUGAAUGGCAAAAAACCCAAGUGAAUUCAUGUAUUUCUUCCUCAAAAUUUACAUCAGUAACCCAAAUUUUCUCUUGAAAAGAUGAAUUUCCAGGAAAUAAAAUCUUAUACCCAGAAGUAAAUUCAACAGUUUUUUGCCCCAAAUUGCACAAGUAAUCAAAUUUCUCAUUGGAAAGAUGAAUUUCCCAAGAAAAAUCAAAACUCUAGCCUAGUGGCAAUCUGAUUCGAGUCUUGUAAAGAUAAAAAUUUUGCCCUUUUGCAUAUAAUAGUUAAAAUUAAAGCCACUUAGGAGUUGUCUUCCAAAGACAAAAGUGGCCAGCCUUGAAGGGGAGGAAGGGAAUCUUCUCAACAUAUCUGUUUUUGGAUUGCUUCUUUAAACUAAUAUUAGAAUAAGAGAAGUUUUUGGGGUUUGGCAAUUCAAUAAUCACACUGCUCCAUGCCUUUCUUUUCUUUUCUUUUCUUUUCUUUGGACUUGAAUGCUUUUUCCAUUUCAAUCAUUUAUCACCCUUUUACACAACAUCCUUCCUUUUUUUUAUAUGUUUCAAUGAACUGGCACCAUCUUUGCCAAAGUUCUUCAGCUCCUUUUUAAGCCUUCAGUUCCAUGGGGUUAAACUCAUGCAAACUAUUGCACUGGUUCCCCCCGAGAACGAGACAUGGGACGACAGCCCUGCUGUGACAAGGUUGGAUUGAAACGAGGGCCAUGGACCGUUGAGGAAGAUCACAAGCUCAUGAACUUCAUCCUCAACAAUGGGAUCCAUUGUUGGAGAUUGGUGCCUAAACUUGCAGGUUUGCUAAGAUGCGGGAAGAGUUGCAGACUAAGAUGGAUAAAUUACCUAAGGCCUGAUCUCAAGAGAGGUGCUUUUACAGAAAUGGAAGAGAAUCAAAUCAUUCACCUUCAUUCCCUUCUUGGCAACAGGUGGUCAAAAAUCGCAGCGCAUUUUCCGGGUCGUACCGAUAAUGAAAUCAAGAACCAUUGGAACACUAGAAUCAAGAAGAGAUUGAAGCAACUUGGUUUGGAUCCUUUGACACACAAAAAACUCACUGACAAAACAGAUCAUAGAGUGAAAGAAAAGUUGUUUAUUGCAUCAAAUCCAUUAAGAAAACAAGAGGCAAUGCCAAAUUUUGAUUUUGAGACAAAGGAAAAGAACCCAUUUGCAGCCCAUAUGAUGUCAGAUGGUUCAAGUAAUCUGGCGUGCAAAGGCUUUGGGUACGGGAAGUGGACGGACCAAUUAGAAAACGACAUGUCGUUUUCUUUCGAAUAUUGUUCUUCAUCGAGUGAAUCUCUCUCAAUCAUCAAAGAAAACUCUCUGCACUUUGAUGGUUUGGAUUCACUUCCUUCAUGGGAUGAUGGAGUUCCCAAGUUCAAUCAGCUCGAGGAGGACGACGUUUACUCGCUCGGGAAUGGCAAUGGCUACUACAUCAAUACUUUCUCUCGCUAAGCUCUCUCUAUCUGAAGCCUACAUUUGUUCCACAUUGUGAACUUGGGAUCAGUUUUUUAUCACUGUAAUUACUUCUUUCACUUUCAUUCUCAAUAAUCACAUGUUUGUCAAAAUAGCAUAUAAAGCUUGAUAUGUGGGAAAAUUUCCAUUUUUUUAGUGAAUUUUCAUAUUUUCUUUUUAUAAAGAUA